AUCCGCACCUACCCACCGAGAGAGAGAGGAAAUUUCUUUCGGGAUCAAGAGAUCGAGAAGCUAGGCCGGAUCUGAUUCGCCAUGGUGGCCGAGCUCGGUCCGGGCAGGUUCUACGGCGGCGUGCUCCCGCGGCCGCGCGUGUUCCCCGGCGGCGACCGCGCCGACCCGCCGGCGCUCCUCUCCUGGGCGCGCGAGGCGCAGUGGUCCACGGGCGCGCGAGGCAGUAGGCGCCUCCGUCUCCAGGGCCGCAUCGAGGGCAGCCUCGGCAGGCUCCGCCGCGCCGACGCGCUCGGCUCCGACGACGACGACGAGGACAAGGACGAGGAGGAGGGGGCCGUCGCGGCCCAGGAGCGCGAGGCCGUCGACGGUAAGGAGUCGGAGGAGGACGAGGAGGAGUCCGGCGAGUCGGACGAGGACUCCCCGGACUCCGGCGAGUCGGAGGAGGUGGCGCUCGUGACUCCGGCAAGGGGGCUGCGGAGGAAGAAGGCUGUCGCGGCGGCUUCUGCUCCUUCUGCCAAGGCAUCGGCGAAGGCGUCCCCACAGAGGAAGGCCGCGGCGGCUGCGCUAACGGCGAGGACGCCAUCGACGAGGAAGAGGAAGGCCGCCGAGGCACCGGCCGCAAGGAGGAGGACCUCCCCGCGGCGCAUGCGCUAAUGGUCCACUUCUUUGAUGCGUUAGAUUGGAUUUGGUGCCAUAGCGACUGGGGCGUGAUCUUGGUGAUGCCGCAUGCCGUGUGUUCGUAGAAAUGCUGGAACGAGGUCUGUUGUCAGUGCUCCUAUAUCUGAAUCAAAUCCUUCCAGAAACAUAAUAGUCCCUAUACUGUGCUGAGAUCUGAAAAUGUUUGAUGCUGUUUCUUACUGAAUAUAUGAACAUCGUCUUGUGUAACCACCAUAUGAAUUGCAAAUGUAUUCCCAAUCUGAAUUCAAAUGCUACAUCUACGAACAUUACCAAUAUGAAUUGCUACUUCCUAGUAACACCAUUUUUGAUCAGGUGUUGCUGCCAUCUGAAUUCAAA